UCUUCUCGUCGUAAGCCUUCUGGGCGGCUUCGGGAGUCUCGAAGUCGACGUAGCCGAAACCACGAGAGCGACCGGACUCCUUAUCGGUGACGACGCGGGCACCAACGAUGCCCUCGAUGUUCUGGAACUCCUCGUACAAGGCAUUGUCAUCAACGCCCCAGCCGAGGUUGCCGACCCAAAGGGUGGCGCUCUUGUCGGAAGCCUCGGCAUCCGACUUUGUCUUCUUGGUCGAUGCCUCCGCAGCCUCGGGCUCCUCCUCGGCCUUGCGCUUCUUUGAGGGCUUCUCAACGACGGCAGGCUUCUCCUCGGAUUCCUCCGACUCCUCGUCAUCAGACUCCUCUUCAGACGCAUCGGAGUCGUCGGAGUCGUCAGAGUCGUCUGAGCCGUCCUCCUCCUCCUCGUCAUUACUCCUCAGACUCAGAAUCGCCCUUCUUGGCCUUGUUGUUCACCUUGACUCCGUUGGUCGCCUUGGCAGGCUUCGGCUUCUCCUCCUCCUCUUCCGACUCGGACUCAGAGUCAGAUUCAGACCCCUCCGAAUCAGAGGUCUCGGUGCUGGCCUUAGCAGCACCAUUGGUCUUGGCCUUAGGGGCAUCGGUCAUCUCGACAUCCGACUCAGAAUCGCUGGCAUCCUCAGAGCUGCUGGCCUCGGACUCAGACUCCGACUCGGAUUCGCUUUCUGAUUCGCUCUCGGACUCAGACUCGACUUUCUUGGACUUCUUGCUGACUUCGGCCUUCUUGGCUGUUUCCUUGACCGACUUUGCGGCCUUCUCGACCUUGGUGGCGGCAGCCUUGACGGGCGCAGCGACAGCCUUCACAGGGCCAGCCUUGGCCUUGACGGCCUUGGUAUCCUUGGUCUUUCCCAUGAUGAAUUGUUUGAUCGAAGACGAAGCCAAGAUGAAAUGUCUCUCCUGGGUCGGGGAUGCAAAUGUGAGGAAGGGAAGAGAUGGGUGAAGGAGAGAGAAGAGAAGAAAGUGUGGGCUGGCAGAAUAAAACUGAAAUUUCGAGUGGCGGGUUAUCGUUUGAGAAUUUUGUCAUCUGCGUUUGGUUUCGCCAGUUAAAGC